AUGGAUCAGUCCCCCACCCAGUAUGAUCUCGCCCCGGCCCCGUACGGCCGCGCCUGCAUGAACUGCUCGCAGUCUAAAUGCAAAUGCAUCCUACCCAAAGGGGGCGGGCGAUGCCAAAGGUGUCAGCGCCUGAAUAAAGAAUGUCGGCCAUCGGCUUUCCAUCGACGACAGAAUGCGCGCAAGUCCUCGCUGUCCAAGACGGGACGGUUGGAGAAGAAGCUCGAUGAUUUGGUGACGCUGCUUCGCGCGCAGUCUUCUAACAAUGCGGGGGACUAUGCUGAGCUGAUUGAGGAGCUGCGACGAGAGCCGGAUGAAGGCCAUCAUCAUCCACCACCUCCACGCUCCCAGAGGAAGGUUACUCGGACAGUCUCGACGGCGGAGAAAUCCAUCGACUGCGGGUUCCUUAAUCACUUUGCCCAGGUUGGAGCUACCUCCUCCCGAGAUGAGUCGAAUAGUGGAGGACAGAUGCCAAAUGCGAGUACAGCAGAGCCGACCCGGUCUCAGGCUGAAGAGUAUCUGAGCAUGUUUGUCACUCAGAAGCUACCCUAUCUGCCAUUCGUGUAUUUCCCACCAGGAACAACAGCACAGCAUCUCCGUAGUGACCGGCCGUUCCUCUGGCUAUGCAUCAUGGCAGUCACGUCGAAGAGCCCAAGUCAGCGACGUACACUCUGUGAUAGAAUCCGCGAGACUGUAGCUCAGCGCAUGGUUCAUGACUGCUACGGUCGCGAUCUCGACUUUCUCUUAGGUCUCCUGGUAUAUAUAGCCUGGUCCAACCAGCAAAUAUUCAAGAAGCUCAACAUGACCAUCUACAGCCAAUUCGCCACAGCCGUAGUCUUCGACCUCAUGCUCAACCAAGCCCCCGGCGGAGACAAACCAUCACUACUGAGUAUACUCCAGACGCACCCAGACGAGGAUCCCGCCCCACCGCCAGCGCGGACAAUGGACGAGAGACGCGCGGUACUGGGCUGUUUCCUCUUAACCUCCAGCAUUUCCCUCUUCCUCGAGAAAAGUGACCCCCUCCGCUGGACCCCCCACAUGGACGAAUGUCUACACCAUCUCCUCGCACACCCAGAAUGCCUGAACGACGAGAUCCUCGCCCAACAAGCGCGCUUCCAACUCAUCAACGAGAGAAUCAACACCACCACAACAACCACAACCACAGACCCCUACCACACCAACCUCCCAUCCUUCAUCUCACCACCCCUCUCAAUCUACACCCACACCAUAACCACCCACCUCCACCAAACCCAAAGCAAACUCACCCCCAAUUCCCAACGCCACCGAAUCCUCCACCUCCACCACUCCAACACUUACCUCGCAAUCCACGAGUCCGCCCUCCUAAAACAGCCCCUUACCAACAUCACAUCAACUACCAACCAGCUCCACCACCUCGAAUUUCUCCACGCCUGCCUCUCCGCAACAUCCACCUGGCUCACCACCUUCCUCGCAAUCCCACCAGCCGAAUACGCAGGCUUUCCCUUCCCGAUCUUCUCGCAGCUCGUGCGGCACCUAGCAGCCCUAUACCGGCUCUCUACGCUGGAUGAUGACACGGCCUGGGAUCGAGUGCAUGUACGGCAAACGGUUGAUUUGAUGGAAGUGAUGGAUCGGUUGAUUGGGAAUUUGGGUCAGGCGGCUGCGUUGGCGAGACUUGAGGCGCAGGGUGAGGAUGAGGAUGAAGAUGUGUUUUUUUAUUCGAUUGGGAAGUAUGAGUCGGUUAGGUUGAAGUGGGGGGGUGUUUUUGGGAGGGAUAGGGAUGGGAAUGGGGGUGUGGUGGAGGGGCAGGGGCAGGGGGUGCAAGAUGGUAGUAGUGGUAAUGGGCUGGGUCAGGGACAUGGACAUGGACAAGUGCAGGAGAUGGGGGGUCUGGGGGUUGGGUAUGAUCAUGAUUGGUUGGGGGAGUUUUUGAAUUCGAUGGUGCAUUGA